CUUCUGGGGUUUGAAACGGCUCCACCUUUCAGUCAGCGGGAUCGUUUUGCCGCCCAGUCUGGCCACGUUUCUACGCACGAUGCGUUCCAGGUAUGGUUGUGAAGUGACAUUGGAUGUGGAAUUCUUCACAAGUGGAAUCCGGAGUCACGUGACGACCAGUGAGAGCACCCUCAGCCUGCCGGAAGUGCAUCGCUCCAUCCGGACUUUCAGCGUUCGGGUGGUCGCCGACUAUGACGCGACCGUCUUCCUCUUCAUGCUCGACUUUUUGAUCCCCUUCAAGGAGGAGGGCGUGUGGGAUAAAUUGACCACGGUUAAGGUACAAAUUGAGGAGGUGACCCCGGAUGGAUUCCUCAGCUUGGAAUGGUCCUGGCUCAAGUUGUUUUGGCCCGCGGUGAAGCACAUGUCCGUGAUAGUUGGUCGCCCAGAAGACUACGCCGUUGGGGGGCGGAGGGACAUCCGGAUGUGGGGGGAAACGUGUUCCAAAGUCAAUUCAGCCUACGUCGAAGGAGUGAUCGAGUACUGCCCGAAUUUGGAGACGUUUCUGCUUUGGGCAGAUUUACGGGAGGAGAGUGACCAGAUCUUCGUCCCCUCGGGGCGACGGGAACGGUGGGCUGAAUCGAACCCAGGUUUGAGAAAAUUGUCGGUGAGGGGACUCGGACCGGAGGUCACGAACAAUUGUAUUCCACGAUUUUAUGGGAUGCCAAACCUCACAGAUUUGGAGCUGAUUGGAGCACAUAGCAUUACAACGGCAGCCAUACCUCAACUGUUACAAGAAACUCCAACCUUAAAGCGUGCCAAAGUCAAAAUUUGAUAAUUUCAACGCCACAAGAUCAUGUUUUCAUUAAAAUGGCAAAACCGAAAAAAAUGUAUAGGUGCAACAAUUGGAAUUUGGUUUAGAACAAUUCAAAUGUAGACGUUUUUGAUUGAGGUCCUAAUCAUUUUUGUAAUAACGUCUUAAC